GAAAUAACGGAGGCCUCACACGAUUCCACCAAGCCUCAGCUGCCGCCCCCUCUCUCUCUCUCUCUCUCGCUGAGCACAACUCCAUAACCAUAAUUUCAGCUCAGGCCGUAAACAACCGUCUCUCGUCUCUUCAUCCAGACUCGCCUUUAAUCAGACUAGUUGCAGAUGCUCAUCUCGUCCGCACUUCGCCGCAUACUUCUAAUGACAAAUAAUGCCGAAAAUGAUGCUCUAGUAUUGGUUGAUAAUGCAUUUGGGAAGCUUCCUGAUCAUAUCCUGAUAGAAAUUUUCAUCAGAGUUCCCGUAUCAGAAUGGGCCCAAAUAUCAUGUGUUAAAAAGCAGUGGGCUAAUCUAUUUCGUGGAGAAUGCUUGUGGCAUGCUGCUCUUAACAGAACUUAUCCGUUUGCAGGCCAAGCUAAAAGAUGGCCUGGACCUAUACCUCGAGGGUUGAGCAGAAGGAGAUACACAGCUUUAUAUGUUAGUAAACAGAUCUUUGCUCUGGAUGGUGAGAUAGAUGAGAUCGUGGGUCAUACCUAUUUGUUUCUAAAAGAGCAACUUGAACUUUCCACAAUGCCACCUCCGUCUGGCAUUCUUCAUGGAACCAUAAUAGCAGAUCAAUUUAUUGCUUGUGGGAAAUCAAGAGACGCUGCCCAUGAGCUUGCUUCCCAGAUCUGGCUAACUGUUCUCGAUAAUUUGGAGGAAAAUGAGCACACGUUUCUCUUACUUAAACGCCUUGCACAAGAGGGCGAUGUUUUUCUUCCAUACCCGUACACAAAAUCCAUUAAAGUACAAUGGAGGGUUUUUGAGAAGCUUUUCACUGAUUUCCGCGACUGUUUCAAUCAUGUAGAUUAUUAUGAUGUGCUGGCUUGUGCAAAGAACAAGUUCCAGCCGAUACCUUCUGCUUGGUUGGGUUACUAGAUGACUUACUACUCAAAUUCAUUUUCAGGACCACACUGUUUAUGUACAUAUAAAUGCAACUGUUGCCGUAAGUCCUAUUAUUUCUCGUCUUAUAUCAUAAAAGGAACUGUAUAUUUUUGUGAUCGUUUUUGUUUCAUGCUUUCCCUUACCUGAAUGAAAUAACACAGUAAUAUGAUUUGAACCCUUUAUUACUGUAAAAAGUUUUUAACUGA